ACACUUCCGGCCUUUGUGACUCAUUGUGUCUGUGUCGAGGCGUCGGGAGGGCCUAUAUCCGAGUGCGGUGCCCUUCGGCCGGCCUGAGCCCCAGAGUCAGCUCCCCUUUCUCGCCCAGCGCCCUCAGGCCGCUCCCGGGGCUCACGGAAUAGUACAGAAACACAUCAUAAAACCUCCCAGGACAUAAAGGUGAGCACAGACCCUGUUUGGAUCAAGUCAGUUCCUGGAGCCUGAAUGAUGACUGCUGAAUCACGGGAAGCCACGGGUCUAUCCCCACAGGCUGCACAGGAGAAGGAUGGUAUCGUAAUAGUGAAGGUGGAAGAGGAAGAUGAGGAAGACCACGUGUGGGGGCAGGAUUCUAGCCUACAGGACACGCCUCCUCCAGACCCGGAGAUAUUCCGUCAACGCUUCAGGCGCUUCUGUUACCAGAACACUUUUGGACCCCGAGAGGCUCUCAGUCGACUGAAGGAACUUUGUCAUCAGUGGCUGCGGCCAGAAAUCAAUACCAAGGAGCAGAUCCUGGAGCUGCUGGUGCUGGAGCAGUUUCUUUCCAUCCUGCCCAAGGAGCUCCAGGUCUGGCUGCAGGAAUACCGCCCCGAUAGUGGAGAGGAGGCUGUGACCCUUCUAGAAGACUUGGAGCUUGAUUUAUCAGGACAACAGGUCCCAGGUCAAGUUCAUGGACCUGAGAUGCUCGCAAGGGGGAUGGUGCCUCUGGAUCCAGUUCAGGAGUCCUCGAGCUUUGACCUUCAUCACGGGGCCACCCAGUCCCACUUCAAACAUUCAUCUCGGAAACCCCGCCUCUUACAGUCACGAGCUCUUCCUGCUGCCCAUGUUCCUGCUCCCCCUCAUGAGGGUAGUCCCAGAGACCAAGGGAUGGCAUCUGCACUAUUCACAGCGGAUUCCCAGGCAAUGGUGAAGAUUGAGGACAUGGCUGUGUCCCUCAUUCUGGAGGAAUGGGGAUGUCAGAAUCUGGCUCGGAGGAAUCUCAGCAGGGACCACAGGCAGGAGAAUUAUGGGAGCACAUUUCCCCAGGGUGGUGAAAACAGGAAUGAGAACGAGGAGUCAACCUCAAAGGCUGAAACCACAGAAGAUUUGGCAUCACGUGGGGAGACAGCAGGAAGAUUCCAGAAAGAGUUUGGAGAGAAACGUGACCAGGAGGGCAAAACAGGAGAAAGACAGCAGAAAAUCCCGGAGGAGAAAACCAGGAAAGAGAAGAGAGAUUCAGGGCCAGCUACAGGAAAGGACAAAAAAACCACCCCAGGAGAGAGAGGUCCAAGGGAGAAGGGGAAAGGAUUGGGAAGAAGCUUCAGUCUGAGCUCCAACUUCACCACCCCUGAAGAAGUUCCCACAGGAACAAAGUCUCACAGAUGCGAUGAAUGUGGUAAAUGCUUCACGCGAAGUUCAAGCCUUAUCCGCCAUAAAAUCAUCCACACUGGAGAAAAGCCCUAUGAAUGUAGUGAGUGUGGGAAAGCCUUCAGUCUUAACUCCAACCUUGUCCUGCAUCAGAGGAUCCACACAGGAGAGAAACCUCAUGAAUGUAAUGAGUGUGGCAAGGCCUUCAGCCAUAGUUCCAAUCUCAUCCUCCAUCAGCGCAUCCACUCUGGAGAGAAACCUUAUGAAUGUAAUGAGUGCGGGAAGGCCUUCAGCCAGAGCUCAGACCUCACCAAGCAUCAGAGAAUCCACACGGGGGAGAAACCCUAUGAAUGUAGUGAAUGUGGAAAAGCUUUCAACCGAAACUCGUACCUGAUUUUGCAUCGGAGAAUUCACACUCGAGAAAAGCCCUACAAGUGCACUAAGUGUGGCAAGGCCUUCACCCGCAGCUCCACACUCACUCUGCAUCACAGAAUCCAUGCCAGAGAACGAGCCUCUGAGUACAGCCCAGCCUCCCUUGAUGCAUUUGGCGCAUUCCUGAAAAGUUGUGUGUAAAGGAAGAAUUUGCCAUCGAGCCAUUUCCCCUUUUUGUUUCUAAAAUUAUUUCAGAGAUGUGUGCCCUUGGAGGGAAAAAGAAAUACAGCCUCCACGGAUUAAAAAAGAAAAAUCACACUUAAGGAUCCUUCGAGUCACAGCAGCAGUGUUCUGCCUUUAUGUAGUAGUUUGGCAUAUAAUCCCUCCACACAGCCCCUGCAGGGAGAAGCUUAUCUUACGGAUAAUCCAUGUGAGAUUUCCACACAAGAUAAAAGCACAUGCAGAGUGAAAUGUCCAGCUUUUCAGUAAUGAGGAUACCUUUAAGGCACUCUUGGACUCUCGGCAACCACAACAUAAUAGUUCAAAGAUGAAGAUUGGCUCCACGAACGUGAUACGGAGGUUAGGAUGCUACUUGCUGCAAACAAGCUCUACUUUGGCCAACAUCCUGCUUAUUCCUCAAAAAAGAAGGACAGUGAAAACGAAAACAACAUUGGGACAUGCUGCUCAAGCUAGUUAUAUAUACAAUAUGUUAUAUAUAUGAUCACUGGUAGCCUACCAAAGCUGUAGAAAUCUAGGACUGUGCUAAUCAGUAUCAAACCAAAGAUUUCUAUCUCUUCCCGAAAGAGAGGGUAUGUGCACCAGUCUACAGUUCCAAAGGACUGCAACAAAUGUAGAUGGUUCUAUCCUCAUCCCUGAGAUCAGUUCGACUGAAAUGGCAACAACAACUCAAAAUACACCUCUCCCUUCUUGAAAUCCCUAAAGCACUGUCGCACUCCUAAAUGCGUUUCUCCACAAGUUAGCACUUGAUUGUAUACUGCCUUUUAAUCCUUCAUUGUUUCAUGUAUGAAGUUUUUAACCACCCCCCCCCACCCCCAAAAAAGAUUAAGUUGUCAAGGGAUAUAUUUCUAUCCCUGCCAGCACAGUGCUGGACAUAGUGAGUGCUGAACACCUAAGAGGCACUCAUUCAGACUGACUUCUACAGGACCUCUACAUCUGUGAUAAAGGUCUGUGAUAAAGGUCUGUGAAUCAUGAGUUCCUGAAAUAUGGUAGCCUGGCCUAGCUUCUAAAGAGGACCUUCAUAGCCACAAGGCAUGCUAAACCUCUAGGGUCUGAUGCUAUUUUUGUUCCAAAUAUAAACGAAAGGCACUAGUCAGCCGCCUGCAUAGACUUUCUAAACAGAUCAGUGAGUAAAUACCAUGGAAUGUCAGAAAUGACUUUAUCAUCGUCAUCUUGAAGAAAAAUAUGAACACUGAUGAAGGCCUUUUUUUUUUUUUACAUCUUUCUGUGGCAAAGCUCUUAGAAUUCUUUUCAGUUAGCCGCUGAACAGGAUGAUGACUUGGGGAUUUUCUGAAUCAUUUGUAACUUAGAUACUGGAGUUCAGAAGAUGUGAUUUUUGUUGCUUUUCAGAAAAAGGAACGUGGUAGGGAGUGUUUUUUCCCACGCUUUUCUAGUAACUUUGCAGAAGCAUUAGUUGUUUACUGGCAAUUACUAAAUGUACAUUGUUGCUCUGAGAAACUCAGCAGUGUACUGAGAUGUGGCUGGUUGUGUCACCGUCAUAGUGCACAGUGACUUUUCUGUUUCUUGUCACUAAAGACUGAGGUGAGGUUAUGAGACUUUCACUGGUCCCAUCGUCUGUGCGCAGGGUGCAACUGGCUACCUAGAAGCUGAUGGCAGGAGAAUGUUUCACACACAGGAGAUUGUGAGCUGUGUAGGUAGUCAUCGCCACUCUAGUAGGACAAGGGUCCUACCCAAGGCUAGGACAGCCCUGCGGAAACAGAAACGUAGACUGAGAACAAACCUCCAGACUAUCAGUGUGACCUUCGCAUAACAAGAGAACACCAUUUAUAGUUUGAGACUUUCCCUUGAGAAAUUUAUACUAAAACUAUUACUCAUCAAUCAUUCACUGAUCAGCAGCUAAAGUCCGUGAGACCAAAUGGUUUUAUAUGGAACCAACGAAGUGGGAGCUAAAACUCUGCACAGUGGUCAUUCUUUGGCCUCUCCUUGGCUUUAUGACUUAAACCAACCACAACUUCCCCAUAGCUUCUAGGCAGUUUCGUCAGCAUUACUUGGGAAAACGUUGUUGCAAGUCAACCAGUCACCAGGAUAUUUCUACCCAUGCAAUGGAAGAAAAACCUGUUACUCCAGAAAAUAUAUCUAAGUAACUUUUUAUAGUAAAAUGGAGGCAGAAAAUAUCUUAAGGAUUUUCUUCAAAGAAUAAGCCACAGCAGUGGUUAUGUAGAAAACUGCUGGUGCUUUUGAGCAAGGACUUUUGCCCUCUAGAAAGCAACUGAGGCCAGGCGUGGUGGCUCACGCCUGUAAUCCCAGCACUUUGGGAGGCUGAGGCGGGCGGAUCACCUGAGGUCAGGAGUUUUGAGACCAGCCUGGCCAACGUGGUGAAAGCCCGUCUCUACUAAAAAUACAAAAAUUAGCCGGGCGUGGUGGCGCGUGUCUGUAAUCCCAGCUACUUGGGAGGCUGAGGCGGGAGAAUCACUUGAACCCAGGAGGCAGAGGUUGCAGUGAGCCAAGAUUUCGCCACUGCAUUGCAGCUUGGGUGACGAGCAAAACUCCGUCUC